UUAUUUUAGUAAAAAUCCGGAAGCGUUUCUUUAUUGCAGCUCUACAAACAUUUCACUCGUGUAAUAGUGUGACUUUAAGAGGACUUUCCCGAUCUGUGGAACAUUAGGAACAACAGUUAAAGUCGGAACUACAGCUUUUACAGUUGUUCCUUGAAGCCAAAUAUCCGUGAAGUCAAACCUAGAGCUUCUUUAUAGUGUGCUAUGCUAUGGUACAUGUUAUGCUAUGCUACAUGCUAUGCUAACUUCCAUGGUCACCAGACAUCGCAAAUAUCUCUUCAUGUAAAACAAAACCUUCUCCAAAAUCAUGGGGAACGGAAUGAACAAGGUUAUUGAUGGUCUCUAUUUAGGAAAUAUACAAGACUCAGAGAACCGCGAAAGUCUUUCUAAGCACGGUAUCACUCACAUCCUCUCCGUGUACAACAACCCUAAACCAGUACUAGAGGACAUGACGUACCUUUGCAUCCAUGCAGCAGAUGCUUCUAAUCAAAACUUAUUACAGCAUUUUAAAGAGUGCAUCCGCUUCAUCCACGAGUGUCGGCUUAACGGAGGGGCGUGUCUGGUUCACUGCUUAGCUGGAGUGUCGCGCAGCACCACAAUGGUGGUGGCCUACCUGAUGACCGUCACCACCUACGACUGGGAGGAGUGUCUGUCUGCGGUUAAGGCUGUGAGAUCGUUUGUGGGUCCUAACUCUGGGUUCCAGCAACAACUACAGCAGUUCCAGAGGACGCAAGUUUCAGAGUAUCGUGGAUGGCUCCGGACCAGCUACAGGCCCAGUCCAUUUAAAGAGCAAGAGCAGGUUUCGUCUUUACUCGUCCUCUACGCAGAGCAGCAGGCGCAGGAACGACAGAGACGAGAGCAUCAGGACUGGAUGAACCAGGCAUCUGGAGUGUACGGUCUUCCUUACAGUCGCUGUAACAGAUGAAAGAUCUCUGCACCGGCUAUAAAUACCAAGAGUACCGUUCUCUAAAUGACUGCUGUUUAACACCUGUAGAACAACAUACCAUAAGCUUGAGUUCAGCAAUAUCACUUUCACUGCCCUUACUUAAGACUUUUAGAUCUGUAUUAUGUCCGAAUUAGAAGCCCAGCCAAACUCCCGAAUAUGUCAUCACUACCCUUCCAGUCAGCACAAAUGAAAAGGCUGUUGUGGAUAUAGUGAGCACACUGAAUCACUCUUUCUUAGGAAAGCUCGCUACAGUGAGGUCUAAAUUUAUUACUAUUUUUUUUUUUUAAUAAUAAUAAUUCUGUUCAGAAUGCCCAGCCACUGCAGAUAAGUUCGGUUACUCGCAAGGUUUUUCAUUUCAACUUUAAUUUUUUAAUUCAUUUUGAAAUGACUUUUUAUGUUAAAUAAAAACUGAUUAGGAUACUAGACAAGAUUUAUCCAGUCUUAUGUCUCCAAAUUAAUCAUUGAGUAUUAUCACUCGCUCAUCCACAAUUUGAAUGAUUACUUUUUUAUUCCUUUUUUUCCUUCGUUUUUUGUUGUUGUUUGUUUGUUUUUCUUUACUAUUAUUUAUAAUUACUUAAGAUAUACUUUUCUGCUGGUCAUGCUGUAAAUUUUAUUUAUUUAUUUACCAAUUAAAUAAAAGUGAUCAGAUUCCCCAUCCAGGUGAUUUAUUAUAAUUCUUUUUUUAAAGUUGAAUUUUUUAUUUUUAUCUUUAUUUUUAUUUUUUAUUAUGGGAUGGUGUCAGAUUGCACAAUCCACCAUACAAGAAGCUAAAAAAUGAUUCUUUUUUUAUUGCAUCGUGUGUGUACACAGAUGUCGAUUCAGUGUAAAAUUAUCCAUCCGACCUAAACUUAUUGUUUUAAGAGACGCCUAAUCGAGCUGUAGUACGGUCCACUGUAAAUGACCUAGAAUAUUCAACUGUGUAAACAUUUAUACUGUGCAAAAUCUGUUAUUAAACACUAUUCAUUAAACAAUACUACUGA